GGGCGGGGGGCGGGGCCGGGUCUGCCACGUGACCGGCGUCGUCACGUGACGCGGCCGGCGGGGCUCCCAACAUGGCGGUGUGCGUGGCUGUGAUCGCUAAGGAGAAUUACCCUCUCUACAUCCGCAGCGUCCCCACGGAGAACGAGCUCCAGUUCCACUACAUGCUGCACACGUCCCUGGACGUGGUGGACGAGAAGAUCUCCGCGAUGGGGAAGGCGCUGGUGGACCAGAGGGAGCUCUACCUGGGCCUCCUCUACCCCACGGAGGACUACAAGGUCUACGGCUACGUGACCAACUCCAAGGUGAAGUUCGUCAUGGUGGUGGAUUCUUCCAACACGGCGCUCAGAGACAAUGAGAUCCGGAGCGUGAGUGCGGGCAGCGGCGGGCGCCUGGCCGCUCCGCUUGCCCUCCUUGUUUCGUUAAAGCGACAAGCCCCACGUGUGGCAGCAGCCGUGUGUACGGGAGAAUUUCACACGUUGCUGGCUCUUGUUGCAGAUGUUCCGGAAGCUGCACAGCUCCUACACCGACGUGAUGUGCAACCCCUUCUACACGCCGGGCGACCGCAUUCAGUCCAGGGCCUUCGACAGCAUGGUGACAGCCAUGAUGAUCCAGGUCUGCUGAGGGAGAGGAAGCCGCCUUUGGGCAGAGCCGCCUUCGGGCAGAGCCGCCUUCGGACAGAGCGCGGUCUUCGUGGGUGUAUUUAGUGCUGUGGGUGCCGGGCCUCCGCUGCGGAGCGCGGCCUCGUGCCCAGGGGGGUGGCGACUAAAGGUCUUGUGAGACCCGC